GUUACAAUAUACUAAAUCUUUUUGGAGUGCAAUGCUAUACUCUUUAAAAACCUGAACAUCAUUUAUAAGAAGACACAAUUCUCUGUGUGGGCACUUGCCAUGACUUUAUUUUAGAAUGUUUCUUUGUGCAUGUGGUAGGGAAAACAUUGAUGUUUAACAGAAAUUCACUCAUUUGCUUGAAGGUUAAAGACUACAUGAGACUUUGACAGAUGGCGGGAAACCCACAUCCACUGGUACGAACCCGGUAGAGGAAUGUCUGCAACUAAGCCGAGGGCCACUGGAUAAGGGUUGUUGAUGGUAAAACAGGAGAUGAUGCCAAUGAUUCACCAUUAGAAGACAUGAUGGUAACAGUGGUCCAGAACUUGGCUCAACCAGAGUUCCACCAACAUUCCGACAUGCACACAACCAGCAAAACAUACCAAGGUCAUAAUGUUCUUGGAAAGGAACAUGAAAAUAAAUGGUCUGUAUCCAAAGAGAAAGACAGCACAUCACAGAAAUUGAAAGUGGACUUCAGUAGACCUCAACCAGGUAAUAAGGACCCCUCAAAGAAUCUUGUGUUGAAGAAAAUUGCAGCUUUUGAGCAGCGAGUUUCUAAGACUUCUAAAGCAGUAGAAAUGCCUGCCAAGAAACCUUCCCAGGGUCAGGAGACCAUCAGGCCAAGCAGGGACACCUUCACAGCUGGUGCACAAGGGCACGUAUCCAGCGACAAUGUGUCGGGUAGGAGGGUAGGCUGGAAUGAUGACAAGAAAAAUCCAAUGAGAGAAGGCACAUUCACGGUGAGCAACCUAGAGCAUCGUCUGCAGCAGUUGGAGGUUGAACGGGUUAGGAAUGAGAAAGAGCAAGAGAACCGUCGUCUGGAGGAGCAGCGAGUGCGAAUGCAGCUUGAGUAUGAGGAGGAGAAGAAGAAGAUUAAGGCUAGAGAGGAGGAGUUGAACAACGGAGAACGUCAUCUGCAGCAGUUGGAGAAAGAACGGUUGAGGAAAGAGGAGCGAGAGAAACGUCGUCUAGAAGAGCAGCGAGUGAGUAUGCAGCUCGAGUAUGAAGAGGCACAGAAGAAGAUUAAGGCUAGAGAGGCAGAGGUACUAAAGCGUCAAGCAGACGAAAUGAAGAAGGAAGCAGAACAGAAGCGGCGAGAAGCAGAUGACGAGAAAUUGAGAAAGCAGCAGGAACAGAUAGAGCGGAAAAGAAGGGAGCUGAAACAGGGCCUCAAACCAUAUACUGCAUCCAGUGUGGGGGCAAGCUGGAAUCCAGCAGGCAACCUGCAUUCCAGGGAGUCCACUGAGAAACAAGACUACCAUAAUGAGAAACCUGAGUGGUUAAAACUGCAGUCCACAAGGUCUGUGCAGGGGAAUCCAGACAAGGUAUUCACUGUCCAGUGGAAGUCUACCCACAAUGUGAGAAUAGGAAGUGAUACACGCAUUUGCUUAUUCAGCGCCAUCUGUGUCCUCCCAGAUGGAAAGGUCCUGGUUGCAGACUGCAAUAAUAAGAAAGUCAAGCUGCUGGACCAGCAGUACCAGGUGUUUAGUCACUGUGGUGUGACUAACAAAGUAAUGGACAUGUGUCUCAUCACACCCAGUGAGGUUGCAAUGGCUGUGUAUGAUGAUACCGGUAGUAACAAACAUGAGGUCCAGUUUAUCACAGUCACACAGAGCAAGCUAGUUUCUGGCAGGAAGUUUCGGUUGCAACAUGCAUGUACAGGUAUUGCGCACUACCAGGGUGACCUGUUUAUCUGCCCUGGUGAAGCACUGUUCAAGUACACACUGAGUGGCAAACAGGUCUGCAGACUUUAUGAGGGUAUAUCAGUUGGAUUAUAA